AUGAGCAGCCCUCAGCCGCACCAUGACAGCGCGGACCUCCACUCCGCCGCCUCCUCAGUCAGUUUGUCUGUCCGGAAAACUCCCAAGAAACGCCGCUUUUCUCUGCAGUCGAUAUUUGGGCGCCGCUACCGACUGGACACAAAACGCAGGUCAAAGACUCAAUCUUCUGAAGGUAUCCCGGCACAAGAUGGCGUCCACUCAGAGGCCUUCCAGGACAAAACUUCUGCCCACUCCGCCUUGGGCCUCGUCUCCACCGCCUCCGCAUCGGGGUCUUUGUCUGACCUACUUGAAUGUCCGCUCUGCUUGUUGCGGCAUUCGCGGGACCGCUUCCCCGACAUCAUGACGUGCCAUCACCGAUCCUGCGCCGACUGUUUGCGUCAGUACCUCCGCAUUGAGAUCUCUGAGUCCCGCGUCAACAUCAGCUGCCCCGAGUGCUCCGAGCGCUUCAACCCCCACGACAUCCAGAUGAUCCUGGGAGACCGCGCCCUCAUGGAGAAGUACGAGGAGUUUAUGCUGCGCCGGUGGCUGGUGGCCGAGCCAGACUGCCGCUGGUGUCCCGCCCCGGACUGUGGUUAUGCUGUGAUUGCGUUUGGAUGUGCCAGUUGUCCUAAAAUCACUUGUGGACGUGAUGGCUGCGGGACAGAGUUCUGUUACCACUGCAAACAGCUGUGGCACCCCAACCAGACGUGUGACACAGCCCGCCAGCAGAGGGCGCAACACCUGCGACUGCGCAGCUUCAGGUCCUUGUCACUCAGCCACAGCCAGGAAAGCGGCGCUGCAGGAGACGACAUCAAGCCAUGCCCUCGUUGUGCCGCUUACAUCAUCAAGAUGAACGAUGGCAGCUGUAACCACAUGACAUGUGCGGUCUGCGGCUGUGAGUUCUGCUGGCUCUGUAUGAAGGAGAUCUCUGACCUGCACUACCUCAGUCCUUCAGGUUGCACGUUUUGGGGAAAGAAGCCGUGGAGCAGGAAGAAAAAGAUCUUAUGGCAGCUCGGGACUCUCGUGGGAGCUCCGGUCGGGAUCGCGCUGAUCGCUGGCAUCGCCAUCCCGGCCAUGAUCAUUGGCAUUCCAGUUUAUGUAGGGAGAAAGAUCCAUAAUCGCUACGAGGGGAGGGACAUCUCCAAACACAAGAGGAACCUGGUCAUAGCCGGAGGUGUGACUCUGUCUGUCAUCGUGUCGCCUGUGGUCGCUGCAGUCACCGUCGGCAUCGGAGUCCCCAUCAUGCUGGCGUACGUCUAUGGCGUGGUCCCGAUCUCUCUGUGCCGUAGCGGAGGCUGUGGAGUCUCUGCCGGCAACGGGAAAGGGGUCCGCAUCGAGUUUGACGAUGAAAAUGACAACAUAGGCAGUGGAGCAGCAGCAGCAGACACCACGUCGGUGGCAGAGACGCGGCUGAAUAACCCUAGCCUGGGCGACGGGGCGAGUGUGGGCGGUCUUACCGGCCUCAGCCUCAGCGUCAGUGGCAGCCACAUGGAGCGCUGUGGUCACCGUGACAACAUGAGCGACAAUGCCAGCACCACAGCCCUCGCCGGGACCAGCAUCACCGGCAGCCUGACAGGCAGCUGCUACAACAGGAUGGAGGUUCAGGCUGACGUCCAGAAGGAGCGUUGCAGUCUGAGCGGAGAGUCUGCCACAGUGAGUCUGGGGACGAUCAGUGACAACGCCAGCACCAGAGCCAUGGCUGGCUCCAUCCUUAACGCUUACAUGUCUCUGGAGAGGGAGAGCAGUGUGGAGGCGCAGGCUGAGGACUGUAAACAGAAGGAGCGUCGAGGCAGUGGCUGCAGCAGCCUGGACGAGGCCAGCUGUAGCUCCGCCGCUGUGAAAGGGGCGAGGGGAGGGGUCUGUUCCUGCCCCAGUGACUGCUGCUGCCCCUCCCCGCCUUGGUCCAAGGAGCCCCCCACCUCAGCCAGACCCCAUGGCAAAGGCAUAAUGUGGAAACGAGCCAACAGCAAAGAUUCAAAGUGUGAGGGGCGCUCUGAGCUGGACGCUCAGCUGCUAGAGCAGCGCAGCACAAACUCCUCUGAGUUCGACUCUCCGUCUCUGAGCGGCAGCCUGCCGUCUGUGGCCGACUCUCACUGCAGCCGCUUCUCCUCUGAGCUGAGCUGCUGUGAGCCUCUGCCCUCACACUCUCCACACAGACUGAUGUCUGCUUCACCUCCAGCCUCACCCACAGAGGGCGCCACCUUCGUGUACGCAGAGGACGUAGGUGACGGAGGCGAGGAGCAGGAAAGAAGUGGAACCAGUGACUCACCUCUGACCCCGUCCCGGAAGCACUGUAUUCAAACAGACAUCUGA